AUGUUUAAGACAUCUUCCAAAGCAGCUAAUCCUUUAAUUCAAAAGUUGAUUGCAGGAACUGUGGGUGUAACUGGUUUGACAGCAUCUUACUUGUUAUACAAAGACUCUGUUACUGCUAGUGCCAUGACUGCAGCAGAACAUGGGUUACAUCCACCGGCUUACGGAUGGUCCCACAAUGGUAUGUUAGAGACGUUCGAUCAUGCUUCAAUUAGAAGAGGAUUUCAAGUAUACAGGGAGGUUUGUGCUGCUUGUCACUCCUUGGAUAGAAUUGCUUGGAGAAACUUGGUCGCUGUCUCUCAUACUACUUCGGAAGCCAAGGCAUUUGCUGAAGAAUUGGAAUACGAUGACGAGCCGGAUGAUGCAGGUAAUCCAAGAAAGAGACCAGGUAAAUUGGCUGAUUACAUUCCUGGCCCGUAUCCUAAUGAGGAGGCUGCCAGAGCUGCCAACCAAGGAGCUUUACCCCCAGACUUGUCUUUAAUCGUUAAAGCAAGACAUGGUGGUUGUGAUUAUGUCUUUUCUAUAUUGACUGGCUACCCAGAAGAACCACCAGCAGGUGUUGUUUUACCAGAUGGUGGUAACUAUAACCCAUAUUUCCCAGGUGGUUCAAUUGCUAUGGCUCGUGUCUUGUUCGACGAUUUGGUUGAGUACGAAGAUGGUACUCCUGCAACGACCUCUCAAAUGGCUAAAGAUGUAACCACCUUUUUGAAUUGGACUUCUGAGCCUGAGCAUGACGAGAGAAAGAAGUGGGGUUUGAAGGCUUUGAUUGUUCUUUCUUCCUUAUAUUUGUUGUCUGUGUGGGUCAAGAGAUUCAAGUGGCAACCAAUCAAGAACAGAAAGAUCACUUUUAACCCACCAAAGAAAUGA